AUGCAGGCGUUUCGACGAAUAAAAAAAAUGACCAUCUCCACGGCAAAGCAAUUCAAUUCUCUUCCAUCCGUUAUCGCCGCAGAUAAUCAUUUCGAUCCCUCCGGCGGAGUCCCGGCGACGAGACGGUGGUUGUCGAGCCGCAAGUUCCGCAGCGGCGAGGAAGAGUGGAACGAGGCAUGGGAAACAGCGUGGCUUCCGGAUGACUUAACGCCGAAGACGCGAGCUCCGUGGGAGAGCGACGUCAACUUCCCUUCCUCCUCCUCCUCCUCCAUCGCCACCGCCUCUGACGCCGUGGCCGAGGCCGACGAAGAGACGAAGGCGUUCGUGGCGGAGAUGAACGAGAAUUGGAACGAGCGGCGAAGAGGAUCGAAGGAGAAAGGAAAAAGGGAAGAGAACGGCGCGCUUUACAGCGUGGAGAAUAUGAAGAAGGAUUACCGGCUAAAAAAGCAGAGGAUGCACGCUGGAUUGUGGAUGAAGGAAAUAGAGAAGCUCGAGGAGGCAAAAUUGGCCGAUUCUGACGUUGCUGCUGGCGAUGACAUUCAGAGACUGCUUGAUAGUUGCUCCGACAUUUUUGACCCCGUCAAUAAUGAUCUCAACAUUGCGCAAGUUCAAACUGCGGAGUUCAAAAAUAUGCCUGAUGGAUGGGAAACGAUAUCAAAAAAUCAAGAAGGAAAUAUAUGGGAGAUGUCUCAGAGAGAAGAAGACAUGCUUCUCCAGGAAUUUGAACGACGUAUUGCCUAUAGCAAAUUUCAGAUUGCUAGUUUUAUCAAGACUCACAUAUUUAGUCGGCGGAGACCAAUUGAUGGAUGGAAAUAUAUGAUAGAGGUGGUGGGACCGAAUGCUAAGAGAGGGAAGGGUAGUGUUUCGAGAGUACCAAGUCUAUCUGAUCCCUCUACACAACCUUUCAAGGAGGAGAAAAAUUCAGUUGACAAGACUUACCUUCCUCUUCAGAGAAGGUAG